CCUACAAGUCGAUCUUGCAAUCUUCACAGAUCUUGUUGCUUAGCUCUAAUCAUCUGCCAUUUCGAAGCUCUGAUAUUGGCAAGAUCAGCUGCGAAGGCCAUUACUGUGUCAUGGCACUAGUUCCAGGAUCCUCUUCUGUCACUUGCAAAUGGACUUAUGACGUAUUUCUUAGUUUUCGCGGUGAAGAUACUCGCCUCACUUUCGUUGGCCAUCUCUACGAGUCUCUGCGUCAGAGAGGAAUUCGCAACUUCUUUGAUGAUAAAGCCCUCCAUGCAGGUGAAGAAAUCCGAGAAUCUCUGUUCAAAGCCAUCAAAGAAUCGAGGAUAGCCAUCAUAGUUUUCUCCAAAAACUACGCAUCCUCAACAUUCUGUCUGGAUGAACCUGCAGAGAUUGUUGAUUGCUUCAAAGAAGAAGGUCAGUUACUGUAUCCGGUGUUUUAUCAUGUGGAUCCAGCUGACGUGCGGCAUCAGAGAGGGAGUUAUGGAGAAGCUUUGGCUCAUCUGCAGAAAAGAUUUGAAGACGAUGAUGACAAGCUGAAGAAAUGGAGGUGCGCUUUGACUCAAGCAGCUAACUUGACUGGCUGGCAUCUCCAACAUGGUGAUGAAAUUGAAGUCAUAAUUCUUGAAUUGCCUGAAGGUAAAGAAAUUCAAUGGAGCGGAGAGGAAUUCAUGGGAAUGAAGAACCUCAAAUUUCUCACAAUAAAAAGUGCAAGUUUUUCUAGAGCCCCUCAAUAUCUCCCAAAUAGUUUACGUUUGUUGGAAUGGAAGGGGUACCCUUUUGAAUUCUUGCCUUCUAAUUUUCAUCCAUCUAAACUUGUCCAUCUUGACAUGUCCAAUAGUUGUUGUGCAGUGCUCCAACCAUUUAUUAAGAUAAUUGCAAGGAACUUUGUGAUAUUGUGCGGAUGCCACCAAACUUGGAACAAUUUAGCGCCAUAAGUUGCACAUCAUUGUCAGAGUUAUCUAAGAGCAAAGUGUUGAACAAGGCAUUCUACUUUAAACCUAGGAAAAGAAACUUUAUUUUGCCAGGAAAGGAAAUCCCUUAGUGGCUUGACUAUUAUAGUCGAGGAAGCUCCAUGUCCUUUUGGAUUCGUGAUAAGUUCCUGACAAUUUCUCUUUGGUUUCAUGUUGAAAAUGACCAAGAUUCUCCCUACAAUUGUUUGUUCUCAGUACACAUCAAUGAUAGCAAGUUAGAUGUUAAUUCUUCUGAGUGGCUUCUAUUAUCAACAACAAAGACUAACCAUAUAUACAUAUGUGAUUUGCAAAGUAUCCUUCGAAAUGUUAAAAUCCCUCCUGUGAAUAAAUGGAAUCAAGUCCAGGUUUCCUUUAGGAGCAAUGCACGAGAUAUAAACAGGGAAAAGGAAACUCAUAUUGCAGUUCAUGUAUAUAGGGAACAAAAUAUCUUAGAUGAA